UUAACCUCAUGGAGCCUAGUUGGUGAAAUACUGGCUGUGCAAGUUUGACCUCAGGAUCCGCAGCACCUACAAAAAAAUGUUGGGCACAGGAGAGCAAUACUCCAGAACUGUAGAGCAGGCACAGGUGGAUUCCCGAGGCUCACUGGCAGGCCGGCCAGCCUAGCUGAAAGUUAUCGGUGAAAGCUCUAUUUCAAGAUACAAGAUGGGCUGAGAGAAUGGGCUCGGCACGUGAAGGCAUUUGCCUGGUGACCUAGUUUGAUUUCCUCCAGAAUCCACAUAAAGGUGAUGUGGAACCCACUCCACAGAGUUGCCCUCUGACCUAGUACACGUGUUCUGUGGAAACGCACUCAACAUUCAGGACAACAAAAAACUUAAGACCUCGGGUCUCCAAAUACACACAAAGCAUAAACUCACGACCUCGCGCGGCAGGUGGUCCAGUGGUUAAGAUCACUUUCAGCCGGGCAGGGCUCGUGAUGCAUACUUUUAAUCUCGGUACUCUCGGGGAGCAGAGGCAGAUCACCUACCGAAUUCGAGGCCGUCCUGGGUUACAUGGUGAAGCCAUGUUGAAAAGCACUUGGCCUUGCGAAAAACCCAAGUUGGGUUAUCAGCACCCGUGUCAGGCGGUUGCCGCUCUGAAACCCUAUCUUCAUAGCUCAACGGUUAAGAGUGACUGCUCUUCCAGAGAACCCGGUUUCAAUUCCCAGUACCCACCUGACAGCUCACAACUGUAACUCUAAAACAUGACGCCUUCACACAGGCAAAACACCACUAUGUAAAAUAAAAAUGAUUCACGCAUGGUAAGAAAACCGAAAGAAGUGAACAGCAUGGGAUUUCAACAUCCGGCUUCCAUGCCAGCAUCUCGUGUCUGGUGGUUUCUGACGUCAUCUAAUAAGCGACGGAAGUGAUCUCGCGCUGCCUAGGAAACAGGACGCGGCCGAGUAGUAGCCAAACCUGGGACAGCCGCGCCCACCCUGGCGCCAUGGAGCUUCCCUCAGGGCUGUGUGGGGAUCCUCGCUCUUGUGAGGAUGAGUCGGACCCAGAGCCAGAUCCCGACCCUGACGCUCAGGCAGAGGCCUACGUAGCCCGCGUGCUCACCCCGCCCAAACCUGGCUUGACCCCGCGGCGCUCGUCGCUGCAGCCCACGCUCUCCUCGUCCCUGGGCGCGCCGGAACGAAAGGCUGCUUCCAUAGUCCCAACCGUACGCCUGCCGGGCCUCCUGAGCCUUCCCCCGGAGCUGCUGCUGGAGAUCUGCGCCUACCUGGAUGCGCGGGUCGUGCUCCAUGUCCUGCCGUGCGUGUGCCAAGCGUUGCACGACCUUGUGCGUGAUCAUGUCACUUGGAGGCUACGCGCUCAGCGUCGCGUCCGCGCACCCUACCCAGUGGUGGAAGGUACGCACACCCCUGGGAACAGGAACUCCUGCUCAGAGGAGGAUUUUGACUGGCCAGCCGCUUGCAUUGAGCUGGAGCAACACCUGGCCCGCUGGGCAGAGGAUGGACAGCGAGCUGAGUACUUCUGCCUGGCUGAUGGUCACUUUGCUUCCAUUGAUGCAGUGUUGCUGCUCCAGGGUGGGGCACUGUGUCUGUCAGGCUCCCGAGAUCGAAAUGUCAACCUGUGGGACCUGCGGCAUCUGGGGAAGGAGCCUAGCCGAGUUCUGGUAAAGGCCUUGGGCACUCAGGGCAGUAGCACACACAAGGGCUGGGUAUGGUCGCUAGCAGCACAGGAUCACCGUGUGUGCUCCGGCUCUUGGGACAGCACUGUGAAGCUGUGGGACAUGGCGGCUGAUGGGCAGCAGUUUGGCGAAAUCAAGGGCAAGGCGGCAGUGCUGUGCCUCUCCUACCAACCUGACAUCCUGGUAACUGGGACCUAUGACAAGAAGGUGACCAUCUAUGAUCCUAGAGCUGGCUUGGCCCUGGUGAAGAGCCGGAGGCUGCACUCAAGCGCUGUGCUAGCGGUGCUGGCAGAUGACAGGCACAUCAUCUCAGGCAGCGAGGACCACAGUCUUGUGGUUUUUGAUCGCCGGGCCAAUAGCGUCCUGCAGCGGCUGCAGCUGGACUCCUAUCUGCUCUGCAUGUCCUACCAGGAGCCCCAGCUCUGGGCAGGUGACAACCAGGGCCUGCUGCACGUCUUCGCCAACCGAGAUGGCUGCUUCCAGCGUGUCCGGUCCUUUGAUGUGGGUCACCAGUCUCAGAUCACAGGGAUCAAGCAUUCGCUGGGGACUUUGUACACAACAUCUACUGACAAGACCAUUCGGGUUCAUGUGCCCACAGACCCACCUAGGACCAUCUGUACCCGAAGCCACCACAAUGUGUUGAAUGGGAUCUGUGCUGAGGGCAACGUGGUGGUAGCUGCCUCUGGUGGCCUGUCACUGGAGGUCUGGAGGCUGCUGGCCUGAACAGCUAGCUGGA